CAGCAGCCCCAUGACUGCUUGUCACUUCCGCUGGGAAGAGAAGGGUUGGCAGGGAGGAAGCGGACAGCAGCAACCUCAGCAGCAGCAGCGGGUCCGGCAGAGAACAGGAGCGGCCCGGUACUCGACUAGACGCACGCUAGGCAUCUACUCACCGCGGUUCUUAUUUUGAAAGAUGGCGUCUAGGAAGAAAGUGCUCCUGAAGGUCAUCAUCCUGGGAGAUUCUGGGGUUGGUAAGACUUCGCUCAUGAAUCAGUAUGUCAAUAAGAAGUUCACUAACCAGUACAAGGCCACGAUUGGGGCAGACUUUCUGACCAAGGAGGUGAUGGUGGAUGACCGGUUGGUCACAAUGCAGAUAUGGGACACGGCUGGACAAGAGCGGUUCCAGUCUCUGGGGGUGGCUUUUUAUCGAGGAGCUGACUGCUGCGUCCUAGUCUUUGACGUUACUGCUCCUAACACCUUUAAAACUUUGGACAGUUGGAGAGAUGAAUUCCUUAUCCAGGCCAGUCCUCGUGAUCCUGAAAAUUUUCCAUUUGUUGUCCUGGGAAACAAGAUAGACCUUGAAAACAGACAAGUCACCACAAAGCGGGCACAAGUAUGGUGUCAUAGCAAAAAUAACAUCCCUUACUUUGAAACCAGUGCUAAGGAGGCUAUAAACGUGGAGCAGGCUUUUCAGACAAUUGCACGGAAUGCACUUAAACAGGAAACAGAAGUCGAGCUGUACAAUGAAUUCCCAGAGCCUAUUAAACUGGACAAGAAUGACCGGGCAAAGGCGUCUGCAGAGAGCUGCAGCUGCUGAGAAGAGAAGGUGAACCCGGAGUCCUUCACUAACAGAUAUCACACUUAGGCCUUCGAACACAAGACCCUCCCCCCUUCCUGCCCAGAGUAUAAAGGAUAAAUAUUAAUCGCCUGCACCCUCUCCAGCUCCCAGGCACCGGUCCAGACGAAAACAUACACCUGUAUUAUAAGCAGAACACCGUCAUCACCCCCACCCACCACCUUCCCUGUGGAUUAUGCGCCCAUGUUGGGUUAACCCUUGCAUUGCCAAGUGGCCUGCAACAAGCAGCAUUGCAGGCUUCUUUGGGUCUCCAAGCGGUUAACACGAGAUACAUAUAUACUGUUUUGUUUGAGCAUAACUUAACUUAAUUUUUGUGUCUUGUGGCGAGACAGAUCUUUUUUGUUCUUUUUACUAUUUUUGUGUAUAAUUAACAUAUGACAUGAAGUUAAAUAAAUCUUUUAAUUGUUCUGUGUCCCAUUGAAGGCUCUUGCCAGGAAGGCUGCAUAUCCUGUCAUUCUUUGCAAGCUCAGCACCCAUUGUCCACUAGGUAUUUGAGUUUUGUAUUGUAUCUGUAGUUGCUUAUUACUUUUAAUUAAUCCAAACUUUUUACAGAAUCCAUUUAUUAUGUAAUGCUUUCUUAGAGCAGAAAGUCGGAAUCUUAUAGUACAUGUUAAUAUAUGCAACCAAUUAAAUGUAUAAAUUAGUUUAAGAAUAUUAUUUUUUUUGAUUUAAGUAUUGAAGCACAUGUAAAAAAAUAAAAAUAAAUGACGCCUCCUCACAAUUUGCGUGCUUUGCCUGCAAACAUCAAGAUGCAGCUUAUGGCUUUGUAGGAGCAAGUUCUGUUCAAUUCUGCACAUCCUCCUACACACACUGGGGGCAGCUGCAUCAAUAUUAAGCCAAUCCAUUUCAGUGGGAGCUAAUGAUUGCUCCCAGUAACGAGUUGUGCUGUUCAUAGGUUGAAUGCUGACUACAAGUGCUACAAAAUGGCUGCCCUCACUGUAGUUAGUAGGUGCAGUUUAAACAGAAGGACACUUGUUCAUUUCACUAUCCAAACUGUCUAUAGUUCAAUGACUGCAGCAGUUAGGUCUGUAACAAUGAUGUGAAUAUUGGACUUUGUUUAGUUAAGUACAGGUAUUAUUACAUCAUCUUAUCCUUUUCCUCCUUUUUAUACAAUCUUACCAUGUCUGCAGGGGACACUUGCUAUGCUCAGAUUUGGGGGGUAGAUUUCCCCAGAUAUCUUGUAGAGUUUGAGUGCUAUUCCCAAUCUGGGGUGUAAUAUAUGUUUCAUUCCCUCCACUGGCAGGUAACAAGUAGUAUUAGGAGCCUCACCCUCUCAUUCCCUAACCCUACCCUGUGCUGCAGAUCACUCUUGUUGGUAUAAAACUCCUUGGCAGUUUAGCUACCCUAAUGUCUCUGUUUUCUUGAGUUUGUAGCUUGCUCCCAUAUAGCACUUCCUUUUUGUUAUUUUAUUUGUUUUAUUUUUAUUUGAUUUUUUUUUCUCUUCCAUGCAGUCUACAUUCUAUUAUGUAGGCUGGGUUCUUCUGUAAAGAUGAAAAUGAUGCCAAUAAACUUAACAAGAAAAUA